CCCCCUCUCUACCAGUCCGCUCCACACGCGCUUCGUAAUCGAAACCAGUAAAAAAAUCAGAAUUAAAGAAACCAAUUUCGAGUCCGACACUGCAGUCGGUGUAGAAAAAAGAAACAGCUCUCUCUCCCUUUCCAGUCUUCGUAUCUCUCCACACGGGCGUAGAGUCCCUAGUUCCUGCUGACGUCCUUGCCGGAGUAUCUCCCGCUACAUUCCUUCGCAAUGUCAGCUCCCGGUCAUCAGAUGUGCUUAACAAGCUCUAGAUGGCUGAAAAUUAGUGGGUGUUCUGAAUCCAAAACUGAUUUUCCAGUGUUGGUUUCUUUGAGUAAAAUGCAGUUAGCUAUGGACUUAUAGCGACGCGUGAUUGUGAUAUAUCAAGGGAGAAUAUGCUGUAAUUCGUAAGAACGAAAACGCUAACAAUAUGGAGAAUCAGUUUCCAGGGUGCUUGGGAAGAGUUGUGAACCUCGUUGACUUGAGCUCAGGAGUAGUUGGGAACAAAUGCUGACUGAUGAGCCAUACUGUGAUGGUUCUUCACUCGCAAGAAGUACAUCAGAUGUGGCUUGGAUGUUAACUCUUCCCUUUGGAGAUCAGAUUGAAGAUAAAAUGAUUGUGUCUGAACUGAAUAGAAGCUCUUCAAACAAGAAAGCAAAUGGAACACCGAUGAAGACACUCAUAGCCCAGGAAAUGUCAAAAGAAGUGGAGUCUAAGCAUAGCCCACCUAAUUUGGUUGCAAAGUUGAUGGGGCUUGAUGCCCUUCCGCAGCAGCAACCCAAUUCAGCUGCAGAAAAAGCCCAUCCCAGGGGUUAUUCUCGACGUUCUUUAAGUCAUUCACGAUCAUUGGCAGAAUGGGAUCAAGUUAACGAAUUCCGGAAUGAGAGAAUGCAUUCUCAAGUUCAUCAGUGUCUAGAGCAGAAUGAAUACAAAGAUGUUUAUGAAAUCUGGCAGCAUUCGCAAAAAACUAAUUAUGGGAGACAUCAUUCACCCCAGAAGGGAAGACGUAUUGACAAUAUAAAUGAGAAAAAGAUGGCUCUUGUUCGUCGGAAGUUCACAGAAGCAAAACGUUUGGCUACAGAUGAGAAACUUCGCCAGUCUAAGGAGUUCCAAGAAGCCUUAGAAGUUUUAAGUUCCAACAGAGAUAUAUUUCUAAAGUUUUUGCAAGAGCCAAAUUCUUUGUUUUCGCAAAAUCUGUAUGAUUUGCAGUCUACUCCUCCCCCUCCUGAGAGAAAGCGCAUCACUGUCCUUAAACCUUCUAAGGGGGUUGAGAAUGAUAAAUUUGCAGGAUCUAGAAAGAAGAAUGAUACACAGGCAAAGAAACCAGCCUUGGAGGGUCAAGCAACUGGGUUUCAAAAAAGUCCUGCACAUUCUCUUAUUUCUACUAAUAAGAAAGUUGGUGAAUAUCCUGCUCAGCCCACCCGGAUUGUGGUAUUGAAGCCUAGCCCUGGGAAAAAUCAUGACCUUAAAGCUGUGCUUUCUACGCCUUCCUUGUCACCCGGAGUAUUACAUGGAAAAAAAAUUUAUGAUGCAUCUGAAGUUGAGGAGUCACAGGAAUCAAGAGAAUUGGCCAAAGAGAUCACACUGCAAAUGCGUGAAAAUAUGAUGGGUCAUCGCACGGAUGAAAAUUUGCUUUCUUCUGUGUUUUCCAAUGGAUAUGUUGGCGAUGAUAGCUCAUUUAGCAAAUCAGAAAAUGAAUAUAUAGUUGAGAAUCUGAGUGAUUCAGAAGUUAUGUCUCCAACUUCUCAGCAUUCUUGGGAUUACAUCAAUAGAUUUGGCAGCCCCUAUUCUUUCUCUUCCUUCAGUCGUGCAUCAUGUUCGCCAGAGUCAUCUGUUUGCAGAGAAGCAAAGAAGAGACUUUCUGAAAGAUGGGCCAUGAUGGCACUAAAUGGGGGUUUGCAGGAGCAGAGGCAUGCUCGGAGAAGCUCUAGUACACUGGGUGAGAUGCUUGCGCUUUCUGAUGCUCAGAAGACUGCCAGAUCUGAGGAAGUGGUUGGUGAGGAACAAAAACCUAGGGGAGCAACUUCAGGCUUAACUAGUAAUUUGAGUAAAGAAGAGGGCUUGAGUGAUUCUCCAGAAGGUCUCUUGCGGUCUAAAUCUUUACCUGGGUCUUCAACGAUUUAUGGUGCCAGGCAUACUAUUGAAGUUCCAGAUAUUGAGCCCGACAAAACAUAUGUGCCAAAGGAGUUAACAAAAGCUAAGAGCACGAAAUCUUCAUUUAAGGGAAAAUUUUCCAGUUUUUUAUUUUCAAGGACUAAGAAAUCUGGUAAGGAAACACUGGGCCAUUCUCAUUUUUCUGAUGAAUCUCAAUCUGCCAGCCCUGUGACUUUAAGGUCACCCACAGAUCUUCCUGGAAAGAUAAGCAACGAUAUGCCUUUAUCUGUCAAUAGUAGUAGUCACGAUGGUUGUCUAUCCCCAAAUUUGCAUGGAUCUGCAAGUAAAACUUCUUCAGCUCUAAUAGGCAUGGGACAGAAUGGUUCUGUUAUUUAUCUUGAGGAAGGUUUCUCCGUGGCAAAGCCAACGAUGUAUGGGUGUGUAUCUGAGAAUCAGGACCAGCCAAGCCCAAUUUCAGUUUUGGAACCACCAUUCGAGGAAGAUGACCCAACAAAUCAGAAGUCCUCUCAAAAUAUGAAGGCAGACCGACGAGGAUUGGGUCCGCCUCAUAUGUCCAACUUGAUUGACAAAUCACCUCCUAUCGAGUCAAUUGCUCGGACCCUGUCGUGGGAUGAUUCUUGUGUGAAUACAGCCAGCCCUUAUCUCUCGAAGCCUUCGUUGGUUUCCCGGGGUACUGAGGAAGAGGAGGAGGAUUGGCAUUCGUUCGUGGAAACCCUAUUAUCAGGGGCUAGCCCCAAUGUUGAGGUGCAAUCUGACACUUUUUUGGGCAGAUGGCAUGCUCCUGAAAGCCCAUUAGACCCAUCACUGAGAGACAAAUACACAGACCUAAAUGACAAGGAGCCUGUGCAUGAGUCAAAGCGAAGACAACGACGAUCAAUUCGGAAACUUGUAUUCGAUCGGGUCAAUACUGCCCUUGUGGAGAUUACUGGUUAUGGGCCAGAGAGCAUGGUCCAUGGUAGGCUCGUGGAGGGUUCAUCACCCAUUGUGGUGGAACAGGUGUGGGACCUAAUGAAGGAAUGGUUUUCUAGUGAGGUAAGCUGUUUUGUGGGAGAUUGCGGGGACAUCAACAGCCUGGUUGUGGAGAGUGUUGUAAGCAAUGAGGUGGUGGGAAAAGGCUGGACUGAACACUUGAUGUUGGAGUUAAAUAAUAUAGGGAAGGAUAUAGAGGGAAAGUUGCUGGAAGAGCUUGUGGAGGAGGCUGUGCUUGACUUGACAGAGAUUGUGUGACAAGACCCACUUUAUUGUAUUUCUAUAAUUGUCCAAUUGACGUAUAUUUGUUCAGUGCAGUAAGAUGUUUAAUUAUACUUAAUUGACAAAUUGUUAACCCCUUUUUUUCUUUCUAAAUGAUUUGUACAUGUGAAUAAUCUGCCACCCAUGCAUUGGAGGUUCAUGGAAGAGGCAAGCUAUGUGUAUUUGCGGAACAACUUA